UGGCAACAUUUGCAUUUGUCAAGUUGAAAAAAAGUAUGGUGUUUUGUCGGCUAAAUUAAAUUGAAUUUACAGUAAAAACAAUAAAAAGAAACUUGUUAUAAAUAGCUUUAAGUGUGUAACGUAGACGCGGUGGGUAACUUUACAGUGGACGAGUAAUAUGGGUAUAGAAAACAUGCGUCGCUGGCCAAUGUAUAUUAUUUUUGCAGUAACAAUUUUACUUACCCUUUCACUACUUAAUAGCUGGAGUAUGGAGACCGAAUUACAAAAUCGACUCUCUCAGGUCAGUACACAGCUUCAAGAAUGUUCGCGGCAGCAAUCAUUAUGCAUGGAGGAAUCGCUAAGGUACCAACAACAACGCGAUAUUUACAAUACAAAAGUAAAUGAUUUAGAGAGUUCCAAAAUUAAAAUGACCAACGACAUAUCGGAUUAUAAAACUAAAGUAGUGAAGACGGAGAUGCAGGUCAAUAGAACGUUAGUAGACGUCGAACUCUGUAAGACUGAGUUGCAAUCAUUGAAGAACUUGCAAAUGAGUAAGUCAGCUACAUUAGAAACUUUAAGAUUGGAGAAGGAAACAUUGACAACUCAAUUAGAGGAGAGGAAGAAGAGAAUUGACGAGUUGGAGAAAGAGAUUGCUAAAUUGAAAAUAUCAAUGACUACCAAAAGUGCACCUAAUCCAUCAGCGUCUUCUAGAGUCACACCAGCUGCUCAACCACCAAAGUUAAGCCCAGCUUUAAAUGCCAAUAUACCUAUGAACGAGCCUGUUAUCGAGAACAAUGCUAAGGAAGAAAUGGAGGACCCCAGUGCUCUAAAUGAUGAUAACUUUGAACAGCAGUAAUUAAUUUUCAUGUAAGGUAAAACUAGAAUCUGGUGUGGGAGGCCUUUCCAACCAGCAGAGCAUCUUUUGUGUGUGAAAUGUCCACAAAGAGUGACAACACUUAUCAGUUCAAUUGUAGGGGUCAGAUUAAUUGACCCAUUUCCAUUGACAUGUUGUAAAGAAUGCCUGAGAUAGUUCAGUAAGGAUACAUCAACAAUAUUGUGACAAGAGAGAGAUUUUGACUAAUAGCGGCAAAAUAAAAAUAUUCUCUUUUUUACCCAGUGAAUAGGGUAAUAUUAUUUAUGUUUCUGAUAUUGGUUGACAAAAUUUCUUUCUCUUGUCUAUAUGUAAAAAAAUUAAAAUUGUUGGUACAAGUCUGAAAUGACUUUAACAAGACAAGUUUUUUUUGUAUAUUAAUUAAAGAAUUGAUGGAUUUUGCAUCAAUUACUAAGCUAUUAAUAUUAUGUGAUGUGCAUUCUAUAAAAUAUCAGGUGGAAAGCCUGCAUUAUAUGGGAAAUAUGUCAAUAUAAAGGUUACAAAGUACUAAAGUAGAGACCUGACAAUUGUGAUAAUUCUUUUAUAUUUGCCUUUAAUUAAUUUUGCAUAUAAAUCAAUAAGAGAUGAAAAUUGUAUAAAACAGACUUUUAUGUAGUUCUUAACAUCUGUUAAAACAUGGGUCCAAAUCCUAUUGGACUACUUAUGUUUAUGCACUCCUGGUCAUAACGAAAAGUUUGACACCUAUACAUUAGAUUGAUCAAUGCAAGGCUAUGAACUGUAUGCAGUGGCGUGCAUAAGUUUGUCGAUCAGGGUAUGCACUAGUAAGAAAAAUUAAUCAAACUGGGAAAAUCUUCAUUUAAUAAGCAUCAUGAAAACAACUCUUAGGGUAUGCAGUACUUUAAUGCAUGUAUGAAGUGCACGCCACUGUCUGUAUGGCAUUCUUGUAGGCUAAUUUUUCACACUUGACCAAUCUGCUGGUUCAAUACAUAGGUCCAUUAGCUAAGCAAUUUACAUUGAAUAUUAUUAGAUGGACUAUUUAUUCUACCCUAGAAAAAUCAGUCUACAGUACCCAGAAAGAAAUUCUCAUAAAAUAUAUUUACAUUUAUUUGUGCUUGCAUUGCUGAUAUGAUAACUUUUAUCAAAUAAACACCUUAUGUAUUGUUUAUUUACAAAAAAUACCAUUUAGGUAUGCAUUCAGAUAAAUAAGUCAUAAAACUUAUGAUAUAAAAGGGGCAAUGCAUUUAUAACUGUGUUAGAAGGCCUUAAAUUGAUUAUUAUAUAAUUUAAUCAUGAUGUAGCUAAAUUUAAUCAAAAUUUAUUUUAUUAUUUUAUUAGAUUAAUGAUGAUGGUGGAAAAGCAAUGGCUAUGGUUAUGAUUUAUGAGUAUUUAUUUUAUAUGUGUAUAUCAAAAUUUAGUUUACUACAAUGAAAUCACAAAUAGAAAACUUAAAAAUUGUUUAUUUGCAUAGUAUUCUAGUAUAUCUAUUAUAUCAAAUUUAAAAUAUAAGCAAUCAGAUGAUAUUUAUUAGUUAAUAGCAAACCAGUUAUCUUCAGACAAAUCAUUAAAUAAUAAAUAAUAAUUAAUUAUUGUAAGAAUGUACUGCCAUGCUAUCACAAAACACUGUAUCUAACAUGAAAAAUGUAAAAUGUAAAAAAAAAAUAACUUUUGAGAAAUCAAAGUGAGUUAUAUGUUAUUUACUUGUUAAUCUGAAAUUAUUUAUAUGCCAGAAAAUGUAAAUGGUUAAGGAAAUACAUAGUGAGGAAACCUGCAUACUUGAGAAUUUUCUUAAUUAUAUGCAUGUGUGAAGUCUUCCAAUCCAGCGUAAUAGACUAUUUGGCCGAACCCUUCUCAUUAUGAGAGGAGACUCGAGCUCAGCGGUGAGCCUAAUAUGGGUUGAUAAUGAUGAAAUAUAAUAACCAUGUGUGUGGAAACCCAUUAAUGUGAUGACCCAUAUACCUGACUGAUACCCAAUGGUAUGCGAGCGACGGGCGGAAAGACUGCGCGGGUGUGAAAUCGUGCGUGCGGGAGUGUUACGAACGAAGUUUCCAUGCUAUACAACUAUCUGAAGAUACAGUGCAAUGUCAUAGCCGGGCAGUGUACCUUAAGUUGAAUUAAUAAAGCCAUGUUGGUGCCACAUUCCCUAGAUCUGACGAAUUAAGUUGUAGAAAUUUUUGUGUAUUAUUGCUCAAUUAUUAAUUGUUAUAUAUCGAUGUCUCGAAAUAAUUCAGGCUGCUAUGAAACAUUUAAUUUGUUUAUAUUUUUCAUGAAUUUUGUAUAUUAAACAAUCAAUGUAAUGUUAAUUAUUAUCCAUAUCUAUACUAAUAAUAUAAAGCUGAAGAGUUUGUUUGUUUGAUUGAACGCGCUAAUCUCAGGAACUACUGGUCCGAUUUGAAAAAUUCUUUCAGUGUUCGAUAGCCCAUUUAUCGAGGAAGACUAUAGGCUAUAUAUUAUCACCAUAUUCUUACGGGAACAGAAACCACGCGAGUGAAACCACGCGGCGUCAGCUAGUUGAUGUUUAUAUUUUAUUGGAGUCAAUGCAAGAAAUUUUAGUUGGUGAUGUUAAGCCGACCGACCAACUUUGGAGCUGCAUGGUGGUUCUAAACACCAUAUCCCCUCUUCUAGAAGGAGGGAGACCUGGCCAUGUAGUAAACCGUUAAUAUGGCUUAAUGAUAUGAAGUUUAAAUUAAAUGCAUAAUAUGAAUGCAAUGCAAUGUAAAAAAAUAAUAAGUAUCAUUAAUUAAUUAACAUUAAAGUGAAUUAUAUACUCUCAAAUUAUUAUAACUAAGUAUAUAUAAUACAUACACAUAAUGUAUAAAAUGUAUUAUGUAAGAAUUCGAUACACGACUAGAUCUAUUGAUUGUAGCUCAUUAGAUCCACCCGGGACCCGACUCGCACCGCCUCAAAUACAAAUCCAUACGAAGAAUACUAACCAGUAACCGCUCGAGACGAGGAGGUGCGAGUCGGGUUCGGUGGCUCUAAUGAGCUAUAACCUUUAUACACAUACUUAUAAUACCUUGUGUGUGUUAUGAUCACAAGUGUAAUACACGUGUUAUAAGUAUGUUUCCAUCAUAAAAUGGUCAGUAGAGCUUGUAAAGUUUGACUUCUAAGCAUUUGUAAAUAAUCGCUACAAAUUAGAAGCUGAUAAAGUACUCAUUAUCGUCUCUGUAUCGAAUUGAUUUAAAAAUUUAAUAAAAUGUGUACAAUUCCAUCUGUUAUAUAAAGGGUGCAUUUUCUACCUAUUCUUACAAAUUAUCUAGAAAAUGAGCUUUGUACAAAACACCAGCAUUCGUUUGCUUAGGCACCAUGAUCCAGCCACAAAAUGACAAACAUAAAACACUUCUCUUUUACGCCGGUGAUUAAAAUGAGGAAGUGUCGCUAUCACUUAGUGUAGCACACAAGCCAAUUAACCGUGCAUUUUUACAUAAGCAUUUUUCUUGUAGUGCUAUCUUGAAGUUUGCUUACCCUGUUCAAGCGCCCUGUGCACAUCAAUGCUUUCAAGAACUCGCCGUGUUACGCCUAGAGCUAAGAUGCCAUGCCACGUGAUGUUUGCCUACAUAUCAAUCGCUCUUCUCUUGUUGUGAUGGCACGAAAGAGAGUGAUAAAAUGUAGUAAAACCUUUAUUCUGGCAAGUUCGUUUAUAACACUCCCAUGAUAUGCGGGCGACGGGCGGAAAGACUGCGCGGGUGUGAAAUCGUGUUGCGGUUAAGUGACGUGCAUCAGUCGUGGGUUUUUCAUUCAUCGCUACACGCCCCCCGUCAGGCGCGCAAUAUCGGGAGUGUCGCCAAGCUAUAGACAAUUAUUAUCUCUCGCUGUAGGCCUAGCGUGCGACCAACGACCAUGUCGCGAAAAGAAAUAGACAAAUGGCAGUGGAGUUGUCCCAGUCCCAUCUCUUUCGUCCCAACACAAUGAAAGAGCAAUAUUUCCAUUUGCGCCGCUGUUGGUUGAUAUUUAUCUAUUUCUCUUCAGGAGUUGUCUUUGGUCACAUGGUAUGCUUACUGGUCAUCUUAGCCCACUGAAAAUGCACCCUUCUUCUUCUUAAUUAAUUCUUAAGGUAUAAAACUAUAAUAAAUACAUAAUUAUAACUAUUAUAAAAUUGAUUUUUUUUUUAUUAAUUUCGUUUAUUUUAAAUUGUAAGACUUGGCAAUUUAGUUAUGAUAUUAGAAAAUUAUUUUUAUUUUAAAACUAUGUAAUUUACAAUGACUAUUAAAUUUUUAUGCUAAGUACAAAA